AUGCGAAUGCAGAAGCGCGCCAAGCUUCUGGCCAAGAAGGUGCUCAUCAAGGACAUGGACGAGCACCAUGAGAACCAGCGCAGGCCCCUCGCCUUCAUAGAUUUGACCAAUGUCAGCAAAGUCGUGGACACCUCGCGGCGAGGCCUCCUCACAUUUUGGCGCGUGGAGAACACCUUCUGCCUCGUCACCGUGAGCACGGGGCGCAUCUACACCUUCCUCGCCUCCUCGCCUCAUGAAGUGGCCGAGUGGAAGGCUGUGCUGGAGCAGGGCCUGGAGGCCGUGGCCUCGGCGCCCGACGCCCUGGCUCACGCCGACUCGGAUCUGGAGGCCAGCUUCGACGAAGACUCCAUCAACUAUGGCACCAUUGCCGCUACUAUUUAA